GAGUAGACGGUCUGUUUACAGUAUCUAAGCAACACCAUCAAAGCUUUGCAAAAGCCAGAAGAUACAGUAGAAUCUAGAUCUAGAAUCUUCUAGAAGCCUACGAGAGUUCAUAAACUGUUCUACGAUCUUUGGGCACAUUAAAGACAACGCAGUGGAACAAAUAAUGGACAGUGGACAAUUGCCACCUAUGCUACAUAGCUGUGUUCAUGUUGAAAGGACUUUUGCACUGAUAAAACCAGAUGCUGUUCACAAUUUUGCUGAAAUAGAGGACAUCAUUCUUCAAGCUGGAUUCUGUAUAUUGCAAAAGCAGCAGUUACAGCUGAGUCCAGAACAAUGCAGUGACUUUUAUGCGGAACAGUAUGGAAAGCUGUUUUUCCCAAGUCUGACAGCAUUCAUGAGUUCUGGACCAAUCAUUGCCCUUGUACUGGCCAGAGACCAGGCCAUUGCAGUCUGGAAGGCAUUGAUGGGCCCAGUGAACAGCAUAAAAGCAAGAGAGACACACCCUGAUUGCUUGAGAGCCAGAUAUGGGACCUCUGACCUUAGGAAUGCUGUGCAUGGCAGUGACAGUUUUUCUACGGCAGAACGAGAGAUAAAAUUCAUGUUCCCUGAUUCUGUAACUGAGCCUAUUCCAACGGGUGUGGCAGGUGAAGACUACCUCAACAGAUAUGUAAAUUCAGCUCUUCUUAAAGGCCUAACGGAACUAUGCAGGAGAAAACCGGCAGACCCGUUUACAUGGCUUGCUGACUGGCUGAUGAGCAACAACCCUAACAAACCCAAAAUAAGCAUUGGUGGAACCCUGAUGUGAUUUCUGAUUACAUCAACUUGCCUGUGACUUCACUGGUUUGUGAGUUAUAUUAAAUAAAUAAAGAUUGAA